AUGCUGACCUGGCUUCUCUCUUCCUGGUACCAACCCUCCUCCCAGCCCCCGUCGUCUCCUAGCGAGGAAAUCCUCUGUGACACUACACAGCACCCUAUUCUUUCGUCUCUCCGUGAGCUGGUCGAGAGUGGCGGGGGCGAAUGGCCGCCACGGGCGACAUACCGGGACACCUGGCCCAUAGAGCUGCGGGUGUACGAUUCCGUUUGGCGAGAAAUGGAGCCUUUAUUCCCCGCGCGGGAGUCAUCGACCGACAACGCCCACAAUCGACAACUCAUUAACGCUUUUCGCAACCAUAUGCAGGCCCUGCUUGACGAGCGGAUAAACAUGCGGAAUGUCCAGUCUGCGCUUGACCGCGCCGCAUCUGACCCCCAGUCCUGUUCACAGGGAGCCUGGCUCGGCAUAUGGCUUUGCAUCUCCAUGCUCCGCCAUGCUUACCGCUGGGGCGUAAGUCCCAUCGUGAGUGAAGCCCAAAACGAAGAGACGCUUGAUCUUCCCGAACAACUGAAUGUCCCAUGGAGGUGCCUGCAAAAGCACUUCGGCACAACAUCGCCUGGCGGCUGCAUGACCUCGCUGAUGUACGCCAACCUGCGAGCCGACGACCGGUUAGAAUACAGCGUCAACAUCGGUAUGCCUGAAACCCAUCAGAGCACCGAGUACUGGAACACCAAACUCAUCUGCUCGAUGGAGGAACGAACACUUACUAUGUACCACCUUUUCGCUCGCACAAUCGCUUUCCUCGACUCGGGAGACCUAACCUCCGCCACCGCCACGCUCAAGUCCGCAAACGAGGUGCUCAAGACCGCCUUCAAACACUUCUUCGCGACGCUCGUCGACUCUAACCUCGUGCAAAGCGUAUGGCUUGCCUAUGUUCAAGGCUACCAAGGCUGGACGCUGGAAGGUAUUGACGGAAUUUCUGGCGGGCAAAGUUUAUUAUUCCGCACUCUGGACGCGUUCCUUGGCAUUCGUCCGUUUCCGACAUCGGAAAAGGAGUCACUGCAUCUCCCGACCCAACAACGCGCAUGGCUCAACUUCCUUCGCGACUACGACAUUCGCGCCAAGGUCAAGGAGAACACGUCUGACGAAGCGCAGGAAGCCUUGACUACAGAGCUAGAAGGCUUGGUUAAGCAGCUUCGGUUAUGGAGGAUGGGUCACAUGCGCCGUAUGCAACCCUACGAGUCGGUUCGACGGCCCGAGCGGAAGACGAUGACGGCUGGAAUCUCUGUUGUGGAUGCGGAAAACGAGAACCUGAUGAUUGAGCAUUUGAAGAAGGAACUGGGUCGUCGUCUUGCAGAAACCAUUUAA